AUGAUAGAAGAAGAACAUAAUUCCAAGCCAGCAUUCGGGUUCCAGAAUUCCAGGGACACAAACCGGCAUGAGAUUCCCUUUCCCUACCAUUCCUGGUCCUUGGAGAUGUUGCUCCGCAGACUGAAAGCCAUGGAUGCCAAGAGGGAUGACAAGUUGGCCAGUGUUCUGGAUGCUGUGGGGGAGUUUGGCACGUUCCAGUGGAGGCUGGUGGCCCUCACCUUCAUUCCCAGUAUGCUGUCUUCCUACUUCAUGCUCUCUGACCACUUCAUGCUCACAGCCCAGAAGCCUUACUGCAACACCAGCUGGAUCCUGGCAGUGGGCCCCAAUCUCUCCAUGGAGGAGCAGCUGAACUUGACCCUGCCCCGAGCACCCAAUGGCAGCUUCCUGACAUGUCUCAUGUAUAUACCCGUGUCAUGGGAUCUAGAUUCUAUCAUCCAUUUUGGUCUCAAUUAUACAGAAACGUGCAAAUAUGGGUGGAUCUAUCCCUAUGCUAAGACACGCUCUCUGAUCAACGAGUUUGACCUGGUGUGUGGCAAUGAACCGAACAAGGAAAACAUGCAGACCGUGUUCCUGGCGGGCAUCUUGACAGGGUCUCUCCUCUUCGGGUUCUUAAGCGACAAGAUGGGCCGCUCUCCAACCAUCCUGGUGUCGCUGCUGGGGCUCCUCAUCUUCGGCUUCGGGACAGCCUUUGUGAACAGCUUCUACCAGUACCUGUUCUUUCGCUUCAUUGUGGCCCAGGUGGCCGUGGGCUAUGCCAUCAGCAGUGUGUCUUUAGUCAUGGAGUGGCUGGUGGGUGAACACCGGGCUCAAGCUGUCAUUCUGGGGCACUGCUUCAUCUCUGUAGGCAUCAUGUUCCUGUCGGGCUGCGCCUACAAAAUCUUCCACUGGAGGCUGCUGUUUCUGCUGGGUGGCGUGCCCAUGUUGCCCCUCAUCUCCAAUAUCUGGGUUCUCCGGGAAUCCCCACGGUGGCUGAUGGUGAAGGGCAAGGUAGAGGAGGCCAGGAAGGUGCUGUGCUAUGCGGCGGACGUGAACAAGAAGACCAUUCCUUUAAAUCUACUGAAUGAGCUGCAGCUUCAGGGAAAGAAGGUGACCAAAGCCUCCAUCCUGGACUUCUACACCAAUCAGCACCUUUUCAAGGUGAUCUUGUCCAUGGCCUGUGUGUGGUAUACGGUCAGUUACAUCUACAUAACCCUGAGCAUGAAGAUGAAGGAUUUGGGGGUAGACAACUACUUCAGACAAGUGAUCCCAGGCAUUCUGGAGGUGCCAGCCCGGCUGUGUUGCAUUGUUCUCCUGGAGCAUUUUGGGAGGAAGUGUAGCCUAUUCCUGAGCCUCACCCUAGCUACCAUCAUAUGUUUGCUUCUCCUUUUCCUUCCUCAAGAGCUGAAGUCGACAACAAUCUUGAUGGUUGUGCUUGGAGAGUUUAGCCUGGCUGCCACCAUCACUAUCUUCUUCAUCUACACGGCUGAGCUCCUCCCCACUGUCCUCAGAUCUACGGGUCUGGGGAUGGUGUCUCUCGCCUGGGCAGCUGGAGCCAUCACAGCGCUGGCCAUCUCCAACCAGAUCAAAACACAGCUGCCCAUCUUCUUCUGCUGUGUCUCUUGCGUCCUGGCCCUGUGCUUCUCUUCCCUGGUGCCAGAGACAGGAAACCAACCUCUGCGUGACAGCAUAGAGUACACAUCAAGAGAUUCCAUUGAAUCCAAGAGGAGAAGCCAGGACAUCGCUGCAAUGAUAAUAGCAGAGGAGUCAAUGUCUGAUGUUGUGGCUGACGAAGUGACAAAGAACACCAUUCUCAAUGCCAUGCCUCUAAAAUCAGAAGCCAGCAGGUUCCCCGGCACGGACCUGCAGGAGCUUAGCAGCAGGAAAGUGCCCAGUCUAUAA